UGUUGUUGUUGUUGUUGUUUCCCGGCGAAAAAGAAGCACCACAGAAGCUCACCGGUGAUGGACGUGACCACGUGCCUGAAGUCCCUGCUGCUGGCCGUCCAGCAGUACAGAGACGGCCGCACGACGCAGAACGCCGCGCAGCUCCAGAAGCUGGUGGAGGACGUGUCGGGCCUCAAAUGUGACCAGCUGCUCUCCUCGGGUCAGGUCAUGUCCCGCGAGUGUGUGAGGGGGCUGGUGGAGCUGGCUGGAAACCCCAACACCAUCCCCACCCUGACGAGCGCCAUCGUCUCCCUGCUGUCGCAACUCGCCGGUGACGAUGGCGGUCUGGAGGUUCUGAACAGCAGGUACAACCUCACCAGCACCCUGGCAUCCGUCGUCCACUGCCACAGCGGCACGCCGGAGGAGCCCCUGGUGCUGCAGUGUUUGCAGCUGCUGCAGCGACUGACCUACAACACUCGCGUCUUCCAGUCGACCAACUACAUCCAGGAGCUGCUCGCCUUCCUCAUGGCCGCCGUCCAGUCCCACAGCGACGAGCUCCUGGCGCCGUGCCUCGGCCUCAUGGUCAACCUGUGCCGGGACAACCGCUCGGUGCAGCGCCACAUCAAGUCUCUGGACCUCAUGAAGCCGUUCUACAGAGCGCUCAUCAACCUCCUGGCCCACAACAGUCUGACCGUGGUGGUCUUCACGCUGUCCAUCCUGGCCAGCCUCACGCUGGGCGAGAAGGUCGGAGAGAAGCUCUUUGAUGCUCAGAACAUCCACCAGACCUUCCAGCUGGUGUUCAACAUCAUUGUGAACGGAGACGGAACUCUGACCAGGAAAUACUCUGUGGACCUGCUGGUGGACCUGCUGAAGAACCCCAAGAUAGCAGAGUACCUCACCAGGUAUCAACACUUCUCGGCGUGCGUGUCGAAGGUUUUGGGACUCCUCCAAUCAAAAGACCCCGACUCGGCAGCCAAGGUGCUGGAGCUCCUGCUGGCCAUGUGCAGCGUCUCCGGUCUGCGUCCUCUGCUCUGCGAGGUCGUCUUCCGGCCAGCGGCGGGCCGCAGCCGGCGGGGGGGCGGAGCCGACGACGGGCGCAAGGCGGAGUCCGGGCUCGCCCUGGUGCAGUGGCUGAGCUCGCCUGUGGAGGGCGCCGAGUCGUGCACGCUGCAGGCGCUGCAGCUGCUGAGCGAGCUGCUGGAGGAGGCGCUGGCGGCCGGCGCCGUGUCCGAGUGCGUGCUGAGCUUCGUGGAGAUGGCGCUCCCCGUCCUGUUGGCGCUGCUGCGGGGCGCCGGCCCCCCCGCCCAGGGGGACGCUCACCUGAGGAAACACUGCCACCGCGUCGCCCACGUCACCAGCCUGCUGCUCGUGCUGUGCACUGAGGACUCCACCCGGGCGCUGGUGUCCCGCCAGGUGAGUGCUCCGCUCGGCCUCCAGCAGGUGGAGGUCCUCCUCUCCUGCUGCCACCCGGCGGGCUCCGACAACGACCUCGGUCAGCUGUGUGCAGACGCUCUGCUGAAGACUCUGGAGCUGAUGAGUAAACUGAGACAACAGGUGGAGGACAUGGAGACGAGUUUCUACCGGCUGCUACAGGACCAGAGGAUCGUGACCCCCCUCUCUCUGGCGCUGACGUCCCACCACAGGGAGCGCGUGCAGACGGGUCUGUCUCUGUUGAUGGAGGCCACGCCCCUCCCAGACUUCCCCUCCCUGGUUCUGGGAGAGAGUUUGGCCGCCAACAACGCGUAUCGGCAGCGGGAGGCGGAGCUGUCCGUCAAGCGCGUCGCCGUGCAGGAAGUCCCGCCUCCCAGCAUCCUGGACGGCUCCAGCAGGAGCGUCCACGGCCUGGUGGACAGGAUGCAGAGCGGCUUCCAGCUCCAUGACCAGGUGAAGGACUCUCACGUGUCUCAGAUCAUUGAUGUUUACGAACAGAAGCUGUCGGCAUUUGCGUCGAAGGAGAGUUGUCUCCAGGACCUGCUGGAGGCCAAAGCUCUGUCUCUGUCUCAGGCCGACAGGCUGAUCGCCCAGUACCUGUUUGAGAGGACUCAGGCUGAGGCUGAGGCGUGCCAGCUGGGCGCCCUGCUGAAGGAGGCGGAGCGUCGCCGUGAGGAGCUGCACGGCGAGCUGAGCGGCCAGGUGCAGGAGGCGGAGCUCGCCAAGGCCGACAUCGAGGAGCUGCUGCAGCACAACGCCCGGCUGCAGCACGACUCGGACCAGCACCAGAGCCUCAAGGGGGCCUACAACGCACUGCUCAACAGGUUCACUGACAGUGAGCGGCUGCUGAAGGAGCUCCAGGCGUCUCACGUCUCGCUCACCAAGCAGAGCGACGCGCUGAGGAGGAACCACGAGGCGCUGCAGCUGCAGCACGAGAGGACGGCGUCGGGGUUAAAGGAGAGAGAGGAGGAGGUGAGAUCCCUCCAUUCAGACCUGCAGCAGAAGAGCAACGACAUCACAGGUCUCCAUGGUGACCUGAGGGUCGAGGAGCAGAAGCUGCAGCUGAAGGAAGGAGAGAGGAGAGAUCUCGAGGAGACGAGGGACGCUUUGAGGAAAGAGCUGAACAAGACGGAGCAGGCGAGGAAGGACGCCAGCAUCAAGGCGUCGUCUCUGGAGCUGCAGAAGAUGCAUCUGGAGGUGAAGCUGAAGCAGAAGGAGGACGAGCUCAGCAAACACUCCUCCAUGAUCGCCAUGAUCCACAGCCUGAGCAGCGGGCGGGCCAAGGGGGGCGGCGACCUGUCGCUGUGA